AAAAGAAAAAAAUUCUAAAAGCGCAACCGAUGAGGUCUUACUAUUAUUUUCCAUUACCUCUUGAGACGUAAUUCGCCAAGGACAGGCUGGGGGGAAACUUGUUCUGUAGAUGAUUAGACAUCAGCCGCUUCCCGGGACCAUCAAACGCUGACGAACGGCACUAUCAAAUGGCGGCCUGCUUCUCUUAUCUCCAUUGCGCCUGCUAUUCGAUUAUUCGACUGGUCUCUAGGCGAUGUGUCAAUAGGUCUGAGACCAUGUCUUUCUCCCCGCUCAGAGACUGGAUGAGUGAGAGGAAAGAGUUUGUACUGGGGGAGCACAGCUGUUUCGAAUCACGAGAGGUUUCAGGUCGCUACCAAACAAGGACCGAACGGGGGACUGGCCAGAGUGGUAUGUCUCAUUGAGAAUGAGCACGGAAGUCAGGCUGGCUCAUCCGGAGACGGACGAUUGUAACGUGAUGGCGGUGGAUAGUGGAGCAGGGAUCGGAAUGCGAUCGCCACAGGGUAGAUCGAUCCGGUCUCCAGCCUGGAAAUGGGGACACCUGCAACAUCAACGUGUCAAUGGAGACCCACCCUGUGGAAAGUCCCCCUUUGAAGGGUGGUUGGGGAAAGCAGCAGGGGUAACGGAUGGUGCGGAUGGUGCUGGUGGAUGGAGAUUUGGUGGUGUCGGUGUAUCCAUCCAGUGUCAGUUUGCCAAAUCGGGCUGUCCGUUCUUUUCCCUGUUUUGCUUUCGGUUCUUUUUUAUUUUUUAUUUGCUUCUUCUCUUUCUCUCCUUUUUGACUCCUCUUUCCUUUCAUUCGGUGCUGGCUGUUAGUUUCUUUGUCUCCGAAGAGGAUCGGCCUGCUGUCAUGGAAGCCUCGGGAAGUUCUGUCAUUAGCCAGGAGCUUUCCUGGAUAAAAAGUACCUUUGCUUUAGAUGGAGGAGGGAAGAGGUGGAGGUGGAGAUGGCGGAAUUCUGAUACCGCCACCUGGAAUUGGUGUGCGUGCCAGACCGUGGUAAAGCAAAGCAAGCAGGAUGAUGCUGGCGAGAAAUUAGACGGAUUGGAAGACAAUCAAAUCCAUUUGCGCAUGUGUCACAUUGGCGGUGGGCCAAUUGCCAGGCCCGGUCGGGCUCUGUGGAUCGCUAAUUGGUCCCAGAUCACUGCAGCACACCGCAUGCGGACGCCGAACAGACAAAGGAAAGCUAAAAUGGCUCCAGGAUUGAAACAAUAA